AUGAGCUGCAGCAGUGUUGCAGGAUCAGAGUUCUCUGAGGAAGAGCUGGAGCUUGGCGUGCUGGACCAAGGGGAGGACGAGGGAAGCCCAAAGGCAUCUUUCCAAGACAGCGAGAGCUCAACCAGCAGCCCGAGCGAACCAGAGGAAGGCCAGAGUAAAAAGCGCAAUCGGCCCGUCCGCUCAAAAGCUCGAAGAAUGGCCGCCAAUGUCCGGGAGCGAAAACGCAUCAUGGACUACAACCAGGCCUUCAAUGCCCUACGUGUUGCUCUGAACCAUGACCUCAGCGGCAAACGACUCUCCAAGAUUGCGACACUGCAGAGAGCCAUCAACCGCAUCUCUGCUCUCUCAGUAUUCCUGAACUCCAACCCCCCCAGCAAACCCUGCACCCACCGGGAAUGCAACAGGUCAUCCGUGGGUCCAGUCAUGACGACAACAUCUCGACUUGAGCAGACCAGGGUAACGUUUCCUCGCCUGGAGCACCAGAGUUACAUCCCCUGGCACGCAUCCAUCUCUCACCAGAUGCCGCCACAACAAGGGGCUCAUGUGCACAGGCUGCCCACGGAGCCACACAUCUACAUGGAUAACGCUGUGACAUCAUGUCCCCCAUCACCACACUACCCUUGUUAUCCUACUGAGGGACAGCUUUAUGCCUCACAUGGACACUGCAGCAGCCCCCAUGACCAUCCGCCCAGCCCUCUGCGAUACCCUCAGGUGGGUGAGGGGUUGGGAUACCAGUCAGGGAUGUGGGCCUCCUGCACUCAGAGAUACAUGGACACCUUUGUGGAGCCUUCUCCGGCUCUGGGGCUUCCCUGGCAGGUGAGCUACCUGCAGGAGCCGGAGCACAACCUCCCUCUGUGCUCUGACAUACUGUAA